UGGUUGCGAGACAACCUCAAGUUGGGUCCAUAUGGUUUUUAAAUUAAAUUGAAUAGAUUUGAUAAGCUUAACAGGUAUUGUUGUUGAAUUGUGACAACGCCAUGCCCAAGGAACAGUUUCGCGCUUCGGCGCUUAACAAGAAAAUCUCACAUGUGCAGUUUGGCAUAAGCGGCGCCGAUGAGAUUCAACAGGAGUCACUGGUGCGGAUUAUAUCCAAGAAUCUGUAUCAGGCACAACGUCAACCGGUGCCAUAUGGCGUCUUGGAUCGAAGAAUGGGCAUCAGCACCAAGGAUGCGGUGUGCGAGACAUGUGGACAGGGAUUGAAUGAGUGCAUUGGUCACUUUGGCUAUUUGGAUUUGGCGCUGCCCGUUUUCCACAUUGGUCACUUUCGUUCCACCAUCAACAUACUGCAAAUGAUCUGCAAGACAUGCGCCCAUGUCAUGUUGAAGGCAGAGGAUCGAGCGGUGUAUGAAAAGAAGCUGCAUAAUCCGAAUUUCUCAUAUCUGGGCAAGAAGGCGCUGCACUCACAGAUGCUGGCCAAGGCCAAGAAGGUGACCAAGUGUCCGCACUGUGCGGCUGCCAAUGGUGGUGUAAAGAAGGGUCCUGGUUUGCUUAAGAUCUUACACGAUCCCUAUAAGGGUCGCAAGAAGGAUGCACUCUUCACCAGUCACAUGGAUGAGAUGCUGCGCUCCACGGAGCUCAAUCGUGACUUGAAUCUAACGCUGAGCAGUUACAGUGCCGCCGAGGAGUUGACGCCUCUGAUGGUGCUCGAUCUGUUCGAGCAGAUACCCCAAAGUGAUGUCGCCUUGCUGGGCAUGUGUUCCCGUGGUGCACAUCCCAAGCAUUUGAUAGUGACACGUGUCUUUGUGCCGCCCGCGUGUAUAAGACCCUCGGUGCUGUCGGAGGUGAAGGCGGGAACCACCGAGGAUGAUCUGACCAUGAAGCAGAGUGAGAUACUGCUGAUCAAUGAUGUGAUACAGCGACACAUGGCAACGGGUGGCAAGAUUGAGCUGAUACACGAGGACUGGGACUUUCUGCAGCUGCAUGUGGCAUUGUAUUUCCACAGUGAGAUCAGCGGGAUUCCCCUGAACAUGGCACCCAAGAAGACGACACGUGGCAUUGUCCAGCGUCUCAAGGGUAAACAGGGCAGAUUUCGUGGUAAUCUCUCGGGCAAACGUGUGGAUUUCAGUGGACGCACUGUCAUCUCACCGGAUCCCAAUCUGAUGAUCAAUCAGGUGGGCGUACCCGUGCGUGUGGCCAAGAUUCUAACCUAUCCGGAGCGUGUGAAUCCCGCCAACAUCCGACAGAUGAAACAGCUGGUUAGGAACGGUCCCAGCACGCAUCCCGGUGCCAAUUAUGUGCAACAACGUGGCUCCAGUUUCAAAAAGUAUCUGGCCUAUGGCAACCGGGAGAAGGUGGCCCAGGAGCUCAAGUGUGGCGACAUUGUGGAGCGUCAUCUGCGGGACGAGGAUAUUGUGCUGUUCAAUCGGCAGCCAUCGCUGCACAAGAUGUCCAUCAUGUGUCAUCGGGCCAAGGUGCAGCCACAGCGCACAUUCCGGUUCAAUGAAUGCGCCUGUACGCCGUACAAUGCGGAUUUCGAUGGCGACGAGAUGAAUCUGCAUCUGCCCCAAACGGAGGAGGCACGUGCCGAGGCCCUUAUCCUAAUGGGCAAUCAAUCCAACCUGGUGACACCCAAGAAUGGUGAGAUUUUGAUUGCAGCCACACAGGAUUUCAUCACUGGCGGCUAUCUGCUCACCCAGAAGGAGGUAUUCCUUACUAAAGAGGAGGCCAUGCAAUUGGCCGCCUGUUUUCUGGCCAAUGAGGAUGCCACAAUGCGCAUCCAAAUGCCACCGCCGGCCAUUUGGAAGCCACGUCGCCUCUGGACGGGCAAACAAAUGUUUAAUCUGCUGAUGCGUCCCAAUAGCGAUUCCCAGGUGCGUCUCAACAUGGUCAACAAGGGACGCAACUACACCGGCAACAUGGAUCUGUGUGCCAAUGAUUCCUGGAUUCACAUACGCAACUCGGAGCUGAUGUGCGGCACCAUGGAUAAGGCCACCAUGGGAUCGGGCACAAAGCAGUGCAUCUUCUAUUUGCUACUGCGCGACUUUGGCGAGGCAUUUGCCACCAAAGCCAUGUGGCGUCUGGCUCGGAUUGCGUCGUUCUUCAUACAGAAUCGUGGCUUCUCCUUUGGCAUUAGCGAUGUGACGCCGAGUGCCAAGUUGUUGCAACACAAACAGAUCCUGUUGGAGCGAGGAUAUUCCAAAUGUAACGACUAUAUCGAUAAACUCAAGGCGGGCACCCUUCAAUGUCAGCCCGGUUGUACACCCGAUGAAACCCUCGAGGCCGUUAUGCUUCGUGAACUGUCGGGAAUUCGUGAACAGGCUGCUAAGACGUGCUUUGCCGAGCUGCAUCCCACAAAUAGCGCUUUAAUAAUGGCGCUCAGUGGAUCGAAGGGUUCCAACAUCAAUAUCUCCCAGAUGAUCGCCUGUGUCGGUCAACAGGCCAUCAGUGGCAAGCGAGUGCCCAAUGGCUUUGAGAAUCGCGCUUUACCACAUUUCGACAGGCACUCUGCUAUCCCUGCGGCACGUGGUUUCGUCCAGAACAGUUUCUACUCGGGCCUAACGCCCACCGAGUUCUUCUUCCACACGAUGGCCGGACGAGAGGGUCUCGUCGAUACGGCCGUAAAGACCGCCGAGACGGGCUAUCUGCAGCGUCGUCUGGUCAAAUGCCUAGAGGAUCUAGUCGUGCACUACGAUGGCACAGUACGCAAUGCGAUCAAUGAAAUGGUGGACACAAUUUACGGUGGCGAUGGCCUUGAUCCCGUUUCGAUGGAGACACGCAACAAGCCCGUAGAUCUGAGCCAUCAGUACAACAAUCUGAGGGCACAACAACCACGAGGCAAAGAGCCACCAUUAGAGGCGGAGGAAAUAGUCGAUAAGGCGGAAGAGAUGUUAAAAGAUGCGGAAUUUAUAGAAGCGCGUGCAGACUUUAAACUGGAUGUAACCAACCACUUGAAGGCUGUAUCGAAGCGCAUUGGACAGCUGCAGCAACACUAUGGGGCAAAUCACAGGGAAUUGUGCGAUCAAAUUGAAAGCAUCAGUGCCGUGCAACUUUUGGAGUUUCUGCGCCGCAUCAAUGAUCGCUACAAUCGUGCCGUUACCGAGCCCGGCACUGCAGUGGGUGCCAUUGCGGCCCAGAGUAUUGGCGAGCCGGGCACACAGAUGACACUGAAAACGUUCCAUUUCGCUGGUGUCGCCUCCAUGAACAUUACACAGGGUGUGCCACGCAUUGUGGAGAUUAUCAAUGCAACGAAAACGAUUUCAACACCAAUUAUUACGGCGGAAUUGAAGAACAAUACGAGCAUGGAAUUCGCACGUCAAGUGAAGGCGCGCAUUGAGAAGACAACGCUGGGAGAGCUCUCCUCGUAUGUGGAGCUGGUCUGUGGUCCCAUCAGUUGUCAUCUGGUCAUUGGCAUUGAUAUGGCACGCAUCAAGGUGCUGGGAUUGCACAUUGAUCUGGAUAGCAUUGUGUUUAGCAUCUUAAAGUCACGGCUGCGCAUUAAACCGCAUCAGGUGCAUGCAGCGCCAAAGAAAUCACGCAUCAUUGUGCGUGUCGAGACGACUAGGAAUGCAACAAUUAAUGCCGAACUGGCACGUCUUGCCACAACCAUACAGAAUGUUGUUGUCGCCGGUUUGCCGAACAUUGCACGUGCCGUCAUUGCGGUGGAUGAUGCCCAACAACCGCCCACCUAUAAACUGUGCAUCGAGGGUUACGGACUGCGCGAGGUGAUUGCCACACAUGGCGUCGUGGGCAAUCGCACCAGGAGCAAUAAUAUCUGUGAAAUCUAUCAGACACUGGGCAUUGAGGCGGCACGUACGAUUAUCAUGGGCGAGAUUACGGAUGUGAUGGAGGGACACGGCAUGAGUGUCGAUUGGCGUCACAUUAUGCUGCUUGCCAGCCAGAUGACGGCACGUGGCGAAGUGCUGGGCAUCACACGUCAUGGCCUGGCCAAGAUGCGUGAAAGUGUCUUCAAUUUGGCAUCGUUCGAGAAGACGGCGGAUCAUUUGUUUGACGCGGCUUAUUAUGGUCAAACCGAUGCCAUCAAUGGCGUCUCGGAGCGCAUCAUUUUGGGCAUGCCAGCGGGCAUUGGCACGGGCAUCUUUAAGCUAUUGCAACAUCACGAGGACAAACAGGUGCCACCCACGGAACCGACCAUCUUUAAUGCGUUGGGCUUGCAGCCGGUUGCCUAGCGCAUCUUUAUGCCUUUUCGCUAUAGAUGCCAAUACCAAUACCCGCCCGCCCACUCAGAGCCUGUGACAUGCCGUAAACGUAGCUUAAGCUGUUAAUUAAGUAAAUAGUUAGACCAGUUAGUUAGACAACGCCAUCUAUUCACACACAUCCAAUUGUUAAAGCAUCUUCAGAGUGGAGACAAGUAAAAAUAGUGCGAUCCUGGCGAUGUGCACAGCGAUAAAACAAAUAAACUUGACAGAAAUUGUAAGAACUACA